AUGGCACCAUCAAAAUGUGCACAUGAGAUAUCAUCAAAAAAAAAAGUUCUUCGAAUUGAGAAGUUGAUGGAAUUUUGCAAAAAUGCAUGUAAAAAUGAGCUUACAUCGAAAUUGUACGAGGUUUGGAGUGAUACGCAAGCUUCUAUUACAGAUGUUCGAUUAUUAUUUGCUCUUGGAGCUGAUCCUGAAACACUUUUUGUUGAUGAUUAUGGUGUCAAUAUAUUAAAUGAACGCAAAACAAAUGGUAGUGUAUGUCGUUUAUGUGCUAGCAAAUAUGAAAGUUUCUUGGAAAAUUCUCAAUCAAUUUAUGAUGCUCAGUUUAAAUCGAUUCCUAUUAAACUAAACACCAAAGAUAAUACAUCUUCUUCCUCUUCCUUUUCAACAGACUCAGCUAUUGUCAGUUCAAAUAAUACAUUUGAUAUUAAAAAUGAUAAAAGAUAUAUUGCUUUGUCAUUAGAUGGUGGUGGAAUGAGAGGACUUGUUUCUGUUAUCUGUCUCCUUUUUGCAUCACGUAGAAUUUUUGGUAAUGAAUCAUUAAUUGAUCUUGUAAAUUGGACUAUUGGAACAUCAACUGGUUCACUUUUAGCAUUAUCAUUAGCCAAAGGUCACACAUUAACAGAAGCAUUCUUUAAUUAUUGGGAUGUUAAAAAUGAAAUCUUUCUUGAUAAAUCAACAAUGGCAAGAUUAUUUGGAAAUGUUGUUGAUAAGCAAACAGCAAAUGUAGAAAGUGUUUUAGAAAGAACAUUUCCUUCAGAUGUUUAUACAUUUAAAAAAUAUCCUAAAAGAUUAACAGUACCAGCUCUUGAUAUAUCAAUGACUCCUGCUAAAUUACAUAUAUUUCGUAAUUAUUCUUACGGGGAUGAGGAAGAUUUUGAAGAUGUGACAUUUAAGGAUGCCGCAAGAGCUUCUGGUGCUGCACCAACAUAUUUUCAUCCUCAUAUAAUGGGUGAUAAAAAAUUUGUUGAUGGAAGUUUAGCUGCUAACUGUCCGUUAAAUAUUUUAUUUAAGGAAUAUGAUAGAUGUCUACAAAAUAAACAAGAAUGUACACUUGCAUGUAUUAUAUCAAUAGGAACUGGUGAACCAGAAGAAACUAAUCGUCGUUAUAAAACAGGAAAUAGUAUCAAAAAACGUACACAGCAUUUAGGGCAUGUUACUGAACUACUUCUUGAACAAGUUGUUGGAUAUGAAAAGUCAAUUCUUGAAUGUUGUGAAGAAAGAUGUCGUGCUAAUGAUAUUCCUUUUGUUAGAAUUAAUCCAACAGGAAUAUCUGAUAGAAUAGAUCAAAUUGAUAAUGGAAAAUUAACUGAUAUGAUAUGGAAAACAUUAUUGUGGUUAAAUAAUUCAAGAGAUCUUAUUGAUAAACUUGGAAUGAUUCUUAAAGAAGUUCAUCAAAAUAAAAUAACGAAUUCACUUUUACCACAAGUAUUUUACAAUGAAAAUAAUAUAUUAGGAUGUAAUUCAUCAUCCUUAUCAAAUAAACUUGAGGGAAGAAAAAGAAUUAAAAUUAAAUAG